CCGGGGCCGGCUGCGCAAGCGGGGGCGGGCCUCUGCGCAGUGCGGCCAAUCGGGACCGGGCCUGGAGGCCGGGGUUGGACGGCCCCGGCGGGACGCCCCGAGUGGCGGUUGUUUCAAGAUGGCGGACGUGGCGGGUCACUGCCGCCCCGGCGCGGCGGCGUUCUGGAGUCGCGACUUUUCUGAUGAAGAACAAUCAGUAGUGUAUGUUCCAGGAAUUUCUACAGAAGGAAAUAUCAGAUCAAGACACAAGAUGGUGAAUCCAAAAGCUGAUGUUAAACUUAAGACUUCCAAGGUGACUGCUACUUCAGUCUCCAUGGAGUCUUUAAAAGGUGCAGGAGAUUCAGUAGAUGAACAGAAUUUCUGCAGGGGAGGAAUAAAGAGUGCAUCAUUGAAGGAUUUAUGUCUUGAAGACAAAAGACGCAUUGCAAACUUAAUUAAAGAACUGGCCAGAGUAAGUGAGGAAAAGGAAGUAACAGAAGAAAGACUCAAAGCUGAGCAGGAAUCAUUUGAGAAGAAGAUCAGGCAGUUGGAAGAACAGAAUGAACUGAUCAUAAAAGAAAGGGAAGCUCUUCAGCUACAGUAUAAAGAAUGCCAAGAACUUCUAAGCCUCUAUCAGAAAUAUCUAUCAGAACAGCAGGAGAAGCUCACUGUGUCUCUCUCAGAACUUGGUGCUGCUAAAAUUCAGGAACAACAGGUAUCCAAUAGGAAGAGCACUCUCUGGUCUUCAUCUGUGGAACUGGAUGGUUCCUACUUGAGGGCAGCCAUACCACAAACCCACACUCAAACCAAGCAAAGGCCUAAGUCUGCAAAUCAGGACUCAGCUUCAGAAUUCCUUGAGGAAUUUAGGAAUAAUUCUUCGAAACCAGCAGCCCUUCAUUAUCCCAAAGAGGAUGUGGACAAGGUGCCAUCAGAGACCAGAACAUGUAAUUAUGGAUCCCCAGGGAAAAAGCUAGUAGAUGCAGUCGUUACAGAGAAAGUUCCACCAGAGGAAGUGAAGAUGAAGGAAUGCCAACACCCUAAGGCUACUCCAUCUAGUCGGUGCUGUGGUCAUAGACUUUCUGAAAAUGCGGAUCAUGUUCAUGAGAGCCAUCCGACAAACAUGGUCCCUCAGUAUUCCAAGACACAUCUGGAAUCAUGCAGGUAUUGUGGGCUUUCCUGGGCAUCUCUGAUGCAUGGCCAAGGGGCACUGCAGCCUAGUGAAACUGAUGUCAAAAAGCAGCUCUCAGAAGAUAGAAGGCAGCAACUCAUGCUUCAGAAAAUGGAGCUGGAAAUUGAAAAGGAACGCCUUCAGCAUCUACUGGCCCAGCAGGAGACAAAACUACUCCUAAAACAGCAGCAGCUGCAGCAGUCUCGACUGGACUAUAACUGUUUAUUGAAGUCAAAAUAUGAUGGCUGGACGCUUGGAACAUCAUCAUCCAGCAAAAAUUACCAAGACUCUACUAACAAUGGAGAGAAUAGAAGGGAGAAGAAGACAGUUGGGUUUCAGUCACAUAUGGAAGAUGAUGCCCUGUGGACAGAUCAAAAGAAAGAUGCAUAUCAACCCCAAAGAGGGACAAUGGCAGAAGUUAGAAAAGAUGCGUCCACAUCUCCUAUGACAGCAGGAAGCCAAAAGGAGCUUAUAAUCGCAACCACAGCAUCAUUGCAACAUGACACCCCCCGGUAUGAGACAUCUCUAUUGGAUUUAGUUCAAUCUCUGAGUCCCAAGACUGCUUCCAAACCGCGGCCCCAUUGCUCCAGAGAAGCUGGGUCAUGGCAUCACAGUACUUGCCUACUCAGUCGUCUAAAACCAACCCGGAACAAGACCGGGGCAGGCAGGACCCCUGAAGACCUGGAGGAGGAUCAGAUUCUGGAAGAUAUCUUUUUCAUUUGACACUGAAGCACAUGCUGCAAGAUUUCCGUCAGAAAUUAGUGGGUGUUUUUAUAUACUGAUCCAGGAUUUUAAAUUAUUUGACUGCAACGUAAUUGUGUCUCUCCUUUCACAGGGAGGGACCUAUCUCACUAGCAUCCUGUUACGUGUUGAAUAUAGAAAUCAUUCUAACAACCCAGGGUGUUUCUGAUCAGACCAAUCAGUAGAUAACACAUUAAGGACGGAUGGGGGUGGAGGGCAGUAGCUUUUCUAUGCCAAGCAGAGAUUAGAACAUUAACAUAGGACACUUUCUGCAUGGCAGAGGCCUUUGCAUACUCAGCCUCAUUCAAGAGUGUUUCUUUCUCAAUAUUUUGCUGGAAAAGGUUGGCUCUCUUUUGUACACAAGGAAAACCUUUCCAUUGAGAGAUCCCUCUAGUUUAAACGUAGCCCCUUUGUAACAUAAGCAAUUUCAGAAAGAUAGAACCUUUUACCUCUCCACCCUGUUUUCUUACCACCUACCUCUUUCUAAGUCAGUCAGUUAAUUCUGAGGUUGGAGUUGGUGCCCCUCCUAUCACAAGCAACACUGAGGGCCAAUUGUGAGUCAGUCUCGGCAGUCAUCAGCCUGGCCGCUGCCCAUCCUAUAACCAAAAGGGCUGAAUAAGCUAGAGGGAGGCCCCCCCAACCCUUAGAAACCAGCAUUAGAUUACACAAGCGAGUACUGCCCUAGGGGAGGCACUGGCCUGAAAUGCUUGUCCUACGGUCGGCCAUUUCCCAGGAUAAAUAAGAGUACUCUCUCAGUAUUGUUCCUUGCCCCAAGUGUCUGUUUUAUUCACCCUGGUGAACUUCCCAUCAGCUGCUACAGGCUGACAGACUUCCCCUGGCCUCCUCUCUCUCCCCAUGUGGAGUCAAGGCCCCGAUUGACCAGGCCUUGCACAUGCUCUGCUCAAGGCCACUGUCUCAUGGCCCCAAAGAACCACCUCCACUUGCCAGACAAUGUUCCACCAGCCCACGCAGAGUCUCCCCCUUUCUCCCGCUGGGCCUCACAGAGAAAGCCUUUGGAGGAAGUACACUCGAAACGUACUCUCUCUGCUCUCCUGUUCGGCAGAGCUCUUGAGAUGGGUCCCUCAGCUUACAGUGGGCUCUAGUGGCCUCUCAGGCUUAUGGGCAGUAUGAUGAGCCUGGUAGAGCCAGUGAGUUUAAAGCUUUGUAGUCAUUGGAAGCCAGGGGAAGAUAUGCAUUACUGGAUGACUUUAUUUGGUGUGGAGCCUGUUGCUUUUUUCUCUCUCCCUUUCACCAGCCCCUGGCCUGAACUGAGACUAAGCCUGUCAGCCAUUAUUGGUAGCUAACGCCAGACCUGCCGGGUAGCCUGCACUUAGUGAGACUGCAUGGCUUCCCUGAGGUCUUUAUCUAAAUGAGAUUAUUUCAGCCCACAAAAGCCUCCUGGAGCAACUUCCUUGUCUGGGUAAAUCCAAAUCUCAUUGUCUCUUCAGACUGAGGCCCUGUCACCUCCGCCCAGCCUUCCUUCACUUGGGUCUUUUUGUUCUUUGGAGGAGAGAAGAAUAUAGCCUACCAAUACCAUAUUCUUAAUCUGAGGUUAAGAAUAUCAGGUCAGGACAAACCAGUUGUAGUCAUUCAGUUGAAAGGUUGAAAAUUAUUGCAGGUUACAAUUUCCUCUUAAAGUUCACCCCUAAGAAAGUAACUGAAUCAGUUUCAUCCCAUUCCAGAAGCCUUUGGAAAAUAGAGCUUUCUUUGGUGUGGCCAAAAACAGGGUGAAAACAAAUGGAGAGCCCUUGACCAUUUUCUCAGUUAAAGUUAGGUUUCUAGAGCUAUCUUUUCCUUGCCCCGUGUGUCAUGACCAGCUUAAGUACACCCAGCUCCCUCGGAUCAUCCAUAACCACACUUUCCUAUUCUGGACAGCAGGGUCCUUACUGCUCUCUGGAGUAAGAGGAUGCAAGA